AUGAAUGUGGGAACCCAGACUGUAGCCCAAAUUCAACCAACCCAACCACAAGCUCCAGCAUUUACUUGUGAUAUUUGUGGAGGACCCCAUUUUGCCAUCAAGGGAGACCUCAACAACAAGCAUAAACUCAGUAUCAGGGUCAACCUCAACAACAAUAGUACCAGCAACAACCCGCUAAGUAGGUGCCCUAUAGCACAACAGAUUACAAAUUCUCAAGCCCCAGGUGCCCUACCUAGUGCAACAGUAACAAACCCGAGAGAUAAUAAAAUUGUGAAUGCUGUGACAACACGAAGUGCCAAAGGUGCUGAAAUUCCUGAAGAGGAAGAUCUACCACUUGAAGUGGAUCUUGAACUCUUAGAAGACAAUACUCCAACAGAUGAACCCAUUGUAAUUCAGCCUGCUGAGCAAGAAAAAGUCAUUGUGCCAAAGCCCAUCAGUAAGCUCCCAUUCCCACAAAGACAAAAGAAAAAGGGACAACAUGAGAAAAAUUUUGAGAAGUUCCUGGAGAUGUUCAAGAAAUUGGAAAUCAAUAUUCCAUUUUCUGAAGCACUUGAACAUAUGCUUAUCUAUGCUAAAUUCAAGAAGGAUAUCAUUUCCAAGAAGCGUACCAUUGAUACUAACCCUAUUCUUCUAACUGAAACUAGUAGUGCUAUUUUACAGGGUAUGAAGAUUCCAAUAAAGAAGCCAGAUAGAGGUUCACUGACUAUUUCGUGCACCAUCGGAGAUAGAUAUUUUAAGAAAACAUUAAUUGAUUUAGGGGCAAGUGUGAGUCUCAUGUCGUUGUCCAUUUAUAAAAACUUGACAUAG